CCUGGUCCACCCAUUUUGUGAUGCUGAUGAACCUUAACAUCAUCUCUCACUUUAUUAUUGGGGAAGCAUGCAAUGCAUUAGCGAGCUAAAAAGGCAGUGAAAAGUUAAGACAGUGAGAAUUAUGAGUUUUGCAAUGCAAUGCUCAAACUAUGGCUAUGGCUAUGGCUAUGGCUAUUCUUCUUUUUGUGUCCCUCGUCAAUUCACCCCAACACCUCUAUCUUUACCUUUACCUUUACAAGCUUGCCAGUGGAAUGGAUUCAAGAGCCAACCAAAGAAGAACCAAAUGAGAGUAUUUUGUGGUUCAGACAACCAAAGCUCCAAUCUCACUUCUCAGAGGAAAAGAAGAAAAGUUAUGGAGCACAUUUGUCUGCUAAAAGCAAAGGAAGAAAUAUCUGAAGAGGAAGAGAAUGACAUGCUUGAUUAUUUGUACACAACCCAGUAUCAAAUGGGUGGUAUUAUUGCUAUUUCAUUAGGGCGUGUUUCUGCUCAGAAUCCUGACCACUAUACUCAUGCUGUUUACAUGCGGUUUCAGAAAAAGGAAAACCUUGAAAAGUUCUAUGAAAACUCCUUUUACUUGAAGGUUCUCAAGGAUCACGUAAUGACUUACUGCCAUGGAUUAAUUAAUGUGGACUACGAAUCUGAAGUCGAUGAUGAUAUGAUUUAUAUAUUUCGCAAAGGAGAGGAGUUCAGCCAUGGAGUGGAAUUUGUUCUUUUGAUAUCAUUUAAUGAGGGUACCUUAGGUAACCAGGCGGAACAUGCACUGGCAUCUCUGGCAACAGUGAUGUUGGAAUUUCCUUCCUUGAUAGUACAAUUUACACAAGGUUUGAAUUUCAACGAAAGCUCUAAGGAUUAUACUCAUGGAGUAGUGAUACGAUUUCGAUCAGUUGAGGCCUUCGAGAUAUUUAUACGCAGCCAAGAAUACAAAGAUGUAUGGAUAUCUAAGUUCCAGCCUAUUGUCCUGAAAUCACUGCCUCUUCAUUUCUCUGUUGAUCCAGUGGGAACUGAGCUUAUGUAGUGAGGAUAAUUUAUGAACAAGGAAUAUAUGGUUAUUUCCUGCUUCUGUUUCCACUCACAUGUUCUUUUGGCUGUGAAUGAAUUAUGACUAGUAUUGACGCCAACAUUCUGAAACCCAAUUGCCAUAGGAAAGUUUUUGUUGCUUAUUUGUGUAUGUGUAUUUUCUUAAAGCUAAAUGAGUCUGGUCCAGCUAUCUGUUUAUUGUUUCGGGUCAAAUAUUAUGUUAAUGUCAAAAUCAAACCUUCAAGGUACACUUUUAGUAUAAUUCAGAAACCUAACACAGUGUAACCUUUUCAAUAUAAUUUUUAUUUUGGCAAUUUAGAAUUA